CACGGUUCGAUCACUCCCAGGACAAGAGCCCUCUCCUCCACUCCAAACUCAGACUGAGGAAAUCCGUUGAGUUUCCAGAUCGCACCGAGAAAGGCGAGAAAGCUCAAUUCGUGACCAGUGCCAUAGUCCAGCCUCUGUCCGCUGCCCCAGCUUCCGAGGAAGUAUGCCUUGAGCUCCGCCUCUGCAGUAACUCCCUCGCUCGUGGGCGAAGGUCUAUCCAAGAGCUCCGCCGGUAAGCAUUCUCUGAGCAAGUCAGAUGCACGGCUAGCCAGUACUUCAUGCCACCUUCGAAAACUGAUGUUUCCAAAUCUCCGAGGUCCAGUGUUCGGCGGGACCUCUUGUACGAUAUCUUCAACCUUCGAGAGCAGUCCUUGUAACUGGCGAACGGGCGCAGAGUAUUGCACAUCCUCGGAGCCCAGUGGCCAGGUUUGUAUGGUACCAUCGGAUAGUUUUGUAGGAAACAUUGCGCGGUUGAGCUGCAAAAUGAAAGUCAUAAUGUCCGAGUAAGCUUUCGAGGUGAGGAAUGCCGAAACAUCUUGCGAUUCGUGGAUUUUCUUCGUAGGCUCGACAAACGUGUGUGGUUCCGAUGGGUCUAGCACCGCCAGAACACGAAUAGCUCUGCCAUCUGGAUUCAUCUUGACGGAUUGGGGUGAUGAAGUGAAGAAAGGAAGAGUGCGGGGAGCUGAAACCAAGUGGGCUUUGGAGGGGAAGACCUUGGUUCCAAGGCGGGAUGACGCCGUGCGGCAGAUCUCCACUUGAGCUUCCCUUCAGUUGCACUCCAUCGCAUUGCCAACGCCCUGUCCCGCGGCCCCUGAUAAGCGCCUUGCUUCUUGCAGGGAUGGCGCCCUCCAAGAAGAUGAAACAUCGAGGUUCCACCAUUGACUCUGUGAAUUUCUUCAAUCAGAUCAGUGGCUCGAGCGUGUCAUCGAGGCGCAAUACCACAUACAGCGCGUCUACUCCGCCCCGAGACGCGAGACCAGACGUCUUCGACAUCCCCGUGACACCACCGAAAAGGCGCAAAGUAACCCUGCCCCGGAGUGAACCUCUCCAGACGAGACAACUACGGAGUCGCAACAUUGACAUUUCACCACACAAGGCUAGGUCUACAAACCAGCCUCCCGCGUCGUCACCUUCGGGGGACGAGGACACUGAUGAGGACCCGGAGCCCCGAAAUCAUUCCGUUGAUGAAGAGGACCUCAGACAAAACCACCAUUCGCGUCCGGAAGAUGAAAAUGACGAAGACGAGGCACGUCAGGAGGAAAGAGAACAUGAGGAGGAGGUUCUCGCGGAGGACCCGCUACCGAACCGCGUGAAACUCUUGUCAGAGGAUUCAGACGAUGAAUACAUUGCCGAUGAACAUAGCGAUUCCGAUGACCCACCGACCUCAUAUCAAAAAGAACACAAAUUUGACAGCAUUGAAGUUAUAGUCUGCAAUCGGAGUAGUGUUGACCGAACAAAUGGGCACGCCCAUGAUCCCAGCGUCGUCGAGUCAUCUGUGCUUGAAAUUGAAGAAAGUGAGCAGGAUGGGGAAGAUUCCGAGGGCGGGCAACAAAGGGCCCAGCAGCUUCGAGCGGUCGAUCUUGAGCCAACCAUGAUCGACGAACCUGUGGAUGACCCUCAAAAUGAGCAGGCCCCCAACGACCCAACAAUCAACGAAUCGCCACAUCAGGAGCACUCUCACAAAGAUGAAGUGCAAAACCUAAAGCGAUGGCUUGCGCAGGAAAUAAAGUCAUCUCCCCAGGGUGCACAAUGGGAAAUCCUUCGCGAUUGCAGGCAGAAGUUGCGAAAAGUUGCGUCCAAACACAUACCAGAGUAUCUUACAGGGGCCAUCUCUGAGGUCACCGAGAUGCGCCAGCUUUACUACGACAUAAACGACACUUCAACUUUGUCAUCGGAAACACGAAUGGAACUUCGAAAUCUUCGAGAGGCCGUCCGUACCGAAGCCACACGCAUCUUCGAGUACGCUGCCGAGGAGGCACCCGAAGAAACAGGCGAAGGUGUUGAGCUACUAAAUCAAUUCGAGGCACAUGUGGUGCGAUCUUUAAUUACUCUAACCAUGUUUGGUUACAGAGCUCACAAGACGCUAGGCUCAACGGCAUAUGAGCAGUUUGAGGGUAUGCUGGAGUUGUUGAUGUGGUGCUGCACUCAGAUCUCCACCUACGCGCAGACAUCUUAUUUGAUGGGAACGAAAGCCAGGUCGAGGGCUAUUCUUCUGCCCUUGAGGCGCAUCGUAAAGGGCCUUGGGAUGGCAGAUUCAAGAGCAAGUGGAGCCUCGAGCAGAGUGUCAAGCAGCAGCCGUCCAACGGCAGCCUCCCAGGGUGAUAUGUCUUUUACCCAAGAUGACAGUAUCUUCACAGAAUGGACGCAAGUGGCAGACUAUGAUAUACCCCCGUCACAGCGCCCAUGGUCUCACGAUGAGGAGACUGCCCUCCGUGAUGGGGUCCGGCGAUUCUCUGACUACGGUGAUCCUUUUCCAUUGGUCAUGAGCCAUUAUGGGCAUCGUUUGCGACGACGAACCUGUCGGGAUCUCAGAGCCAAAUGGGGCGAACUGGCCCUAUUUGAUUAUAGUUUCUAGGCGGUCGUAGUUGGAUAUGGCCAUUUUUGUCGCAGCGAUUAGUUCCGUUUAUGUUUCAUGUUGCAUAUUAUACCCUUGAGCGCUCCCAUGAAUUUGAGAAAUCUUCUUCCCAUCUACUCUAUGAAUCUACCCUAACCCUGUUCGGAUCGGCCGGUUCGGGUUCCGUGGAUGGAGUGAACCAUGGAUCCGAUUGUUUUGGUCAACAAAAAGGGGCCGCGUAGCAUCCUCCUUCACGGGGUUUGUUCCGCGGGCAUCAGGGCGCGUAGGAUACUAUACUGGAAUCAAAUAAGCCUUACCUCUGCUGAAAAUCCUUCGUAAUAUGGCUGCAUCAGCUAAAUCUGGGGUUCAAGCCUAAUAUGGACUGAUCGACAAAGGCGUUGGGCAGCUCUGAUUAAGGAAAGAAAGUUACGAC